UGACCCCGCGUUACAUUGACAAUGACCUUGCACUUACAGCUUACGACUUUGCUAAGUAAGUGAGAGAGGAGCGGUCUGCAGCCCAGAGGUAAAGGCAAAGGUACAAUGAUAAAUAUGAAGGAGUGAGCGUUGCCACCUACAUGAAAGCUCGUCACUACGUCUUCUCCACGCUGUCAGAAUCUUUUCUGAUACACCACACCACACACCACUCGACUACCUUUGACGACUCAACGGCUCAACUACAGCGUAUCGAACAAUCACCUUCCGCCACACGAGCAACAAUGGCGCCGUUUACAAACCCUCUGCGCCAUCUCUGGGGUCGAGCGCCCACCUGUUCAGCGCCAGAUUCGAUUGCCCGCUUCGACGGCAUGAGCGAUGGCAGAGUCGGCGACCAGCAGAUGCACGAACCAACCGUUCAGCAGCAACAGUCCAACGACAGUCCAGCAGUUGGGAACGGAUUUGCACCACCUAUGGCGGGACAGUUUUCGGCUGCCACUGACCAGAGUGCACAUCAGGCAGAUGAUCUGCAACAGUACGGACAGCCAUCCCAGCAGCUUACGGUACACCAGAAUGCGGCUGGUCUGAAUGGCAUGUACGGCUUGGAACAAGUGAUACAAGAGCUUGAAAAUAGUGGACAAGGCCAGUGCAAAGAUAUGGAACGCCAGCAGCCUUCAUACACAGCGACCGCUCAACCUCCUGAGACAUCUUCACAGCAUCUCCAGGCCAACGACCACCUUCAGGCAUCGCACUGUCCAAAUACAGCUACUGAUGCAAGCACAGAAGUCCAAGUGAGACGGGAACCAGCAGCCGAGGGAUACGAUGACCGCGACAUAUUCGCGGAGUUCACUAACGAAGAUGGUCAAGAUGCUACAAGCCUUCAGCAAACUGUCAAUGAUACGGCAAGUUCCAUCAUUCAGGCAUCCUGUGAUGCUCCUUCGAUCAAACAAGAGCCAGGAACUGAGUCUCGAAUGCCUAUUGAUGCAAUUGAGGGAGCUGCUGGGGUCAAUCUAGCAAUCACAGCCACUCACAGUACGACCGCAGCUCCCAAUACUAUGGAUGGUCAGGCACGUGCAUCUUCUUCAGUUGGUACUCCCGAAGUCACUUCCGAGACUGGCACAUCUUCCUCUGGGGUGAACCUUGACGCAGCUCGUCCACAAGCGCAAGUUCCAUACGGCACAGUUACUCAGGUCAGUAUUCCCGUGUCACAGCUUCCGACUACAGCAGUCACCGAUGUAACUCAAAGUCAACUUUCUGUCGAGCAGUAUACUCAAGAUCCACGGCAGUCAGAUGUUGGUCCCCAAGCAGUAUCAUCGGGUGGCAAAAGCCUGAGAUCCCCCUCAGCAGACUCUGUCAUUGGAUCUCAAAAGCACAGCUCAGAAGAGACGGCUCUAUCUCCUUGUGGGAUGGGUCUGUCAGCCAACUCGCGUCUGCUUGUGCAGCAGUGGCAGCGACGACAUAAACUGUCCGGCAUGGGCCCAAUGACCGCAGACGCAGUGCAGGCAAAUCCUAUCCUACUGCAUGGCCCGAUGCCGACACAACAGCAGUAUCAUCAGAAUGCCCCACAAGUAGUGGCAGGUACACCUUCUUGUCAGCCCGCGACAGACCAUCUUUUCAACAGUCUUAUAGCCAACCAGACUAAGCAAGUCAAUGGGCCACCGCGGAACUCGAAUUCUCCGUACGGCGUAAACAUGCAGUAUCCCACCUAUUCCACUGGCGCACAACAUGGUCAAGUCAAUCCUCCCUGGAUGCCUUCGGGCUAUGGUCCCAAUCCAUCGAUGCGACAUGCACGUUUUCCAGACUAUCCUCUUCCUGGCUCUGUCAGCCCGCAGCGUAUCACCGAAGUGCAAGAGGAGGAAAGGUCGGAGGCUUCUGAUGACGAUGAGCUGUUGGUCACACGUGCGCCGCGCCAUCGUUCGACCACUGCAAGUCCUGGCUCUCGUUCAGCCUUCGAUGCCACCACUUCUCCAGGUAUUUUGCAGCACGGUACCUCGAUUGUAGGGCCAAAGCCGACUGAUGCCGCACCCAAAUUGAGCGUCCCGGGUGACAAACAGGACACUGUCAUUGAGUUAUCAGACGACGAUGAUGAUGAAGAGACUAGCAGACCCAUCUCUUGGGCACUCCCCAAAUACGAAGCCACCUAUCAUCCUCCUGCCGCCACCACCGAUCUCCCCAUGGCUAAAGUCUCAAUCCCAGAUCUGGUUCGAGAAGAAGUAAUGCUCACCGAGGACCACUCUGAGCAAGAGAUGCAGCUCUUCCUGAACGUCUUCCUCCCAGCUCAACAAGCUUUGCAGAAACCGGACCCUGAACCCGCCCACGCGGUCAUCAACUUCCACACCAUCGCAGUUAUGGUUCUGGAGGCCUACGUGCAGUACGAGAUCGGGGACGAGAUGGGUUGCGGAUACGGUUUUCAUGGCGGUAACCAGGCCCUUCGCCCCAGCCCUUCCUCCUUUGAUGGUGAACCAGCACGCACACGCUCAGCUAAAGACGCUGAUGUAGAUGAGAUCUUCUUUGCAAUCAUUGACCGCUGGAGGGCUGGUUUGACCUCCGGAAAGGGGACAUUGAAGCUGAUUCGAGGGUGCCAAGAGUUCUGCGACAUUGCACUCGACAUCAUUCACUACGUCAAGGAGCAUGGACUGUUGCAGCCGGAACUGAAGAGGGGGAAGGAGAGGAGUGACAAGGGCGUGGUGAGGGGUCCGAGGGGUGGCGCAAAGGAAGUUGAGACGAAGGGGAAGGCGACAGGGAAGAGGAAGGCGGACGCUGUGGAGAGCAAGGCGCCGGCGAAGAAGCGCACGAAGGCAGGCAAGGUCGCUACGCUGCAGCCGCGGAAGAAUGCCAAGGUCGAGGACAAGAAGAAACUGAAAGCCAAAGCGAAAACGAGCACCUCGGCACUCGUUGUGAUCCCUCGGAAGAAGUGAUUUGGUCAUUAGAUUUUAAGCGGGUUGUCUUUGAGCAGGAUACCGGCGUUUAUCGCACCUUUUCCUU